AUGUCUAAUCAGCAACUGGAAGAUGGGCGACUUUCAAAAGAAUUUGAUGUUCAAAAUCUUGAAGUUGCGGGGAGGAAGAUGGCUUUGGAGAGGUUAAUGAUGAAGAAUGGACAUGAUGAUCCGGACGCUGACAACUUCUUGUUAAAGCUCAAGCAACGCAUUCAAAGAGUAGGGAUUGAACUUCCUACGAUAGAAGUUCGAUUCCAGAACUUAAAUGUGGAAGCAGAAGCUUAUCUUGGCAGUAGAGCAAUGCCAAACAUAUUCAACUUCUACAUGAAUGCUUUCGAGGGUUUUUUGAACUCUCUUGGAAUCAUUUCAAACAAAAAGAUUCCGUUUCCCGUUCUUCGUGAAGUCAACGGAAUAGUCAGGCCAGGAAGAUUGACACUACUUCUAGGACCUCCAGCUUCGGGUAAAACCACUUUGCUUUUAGCUUUGGCUGGAAGACUCCCAUCUGAUCUUAAAAGCAUUGAUUUUAAUAAACUUACGUACAAUGGAUACGAGACAAGUGAAUUUGUGUCACAAAGGUCGUCAGCUUAUGUUAGUCAACACGAUCUUCAUAUGGGGGAACUUACAGUAAGAGAAACACUUGCUUUUUCAGCGAGAUGCCUAGGCGUUGGAGCUUUCCAUGACAUGUUAGUUGAGCUGCUAAGAAGGGAGAAGGAAGCACAUAUCGAUCCCGACCCUGAUGUUGAUCUUAUAAUGAAGGGUAUAGCAUUCAAAGGCCAAGAAACCAAUGUUUUAGUUGAUUAUGUCAUCAAGAUUUUAGGACUUGAAGCUUGUGCUGAUACCCUUGUUGGGGAUCAAAUGAUUCGAGGCAUUUCCGGAGGAGAGAAAAAGAGACUAACAACGGGGGAGCUGAUGGUUGGGCCAGCAAGAGUUCUCCUAAUGGAUGAGAUCUCAACUGGCUUGGACAGUUCAACAACUUUCCAGAUUGUGAAUUCAAUCCAGCAAUCUGUCCAUGUUCUUCAGAAAACAGCUGUGAUCUCGUUGUUGCAAUCGGCCCCCGAAACUUAUGAACUGUUUGAUGACCUAAUUCUUCUGUCCGAAGGGCACAUUGUGUAUCAAGGUCCUCGGGGAAAUGUGGUGGAGUUCUUUGAAUCAAUGGGAUUCAAAUGUCCAGAUAGGAAAGCAGUUGCUGACUUCUUACAGGAAGUAACAUCGAAGAAAGAUCAAGAACAGUAUUGGACAGGAACAGAUGAUGAUCAACCUUACUCUUUUGUGUCCCCCAAACAAUUUGCAAAAGCAUUUCAAUCCUCUCAUAUUGGAGAAAACGUAUCUUCGGAGCUUUCUAUUUGUUUUGAUAAAUCUAAAAGCCAUCCUUCUGCUUUAACUAAUGAAAGUUAUGGCGUUAGCCAAAAGGAGGCUCUAAGAGCUUGCUUUUCUAGAGAAUUCCUUCUUUUGAAGAGAAAUUCAAUCAUAUAUGCAUUCCGGCUUAGCAAUGUGAUGAUUAUAGCAGCGAUAGCAAUGUCAAUCUUUCCGAAAUCAAAGAUGCAUAAGGAGUCAUUGAGCGAUGGCUUGCUGUUCAUGGCGCCAUUGUUUCUGACUGUGGUUAUGAUUAUGUUUAAUGGUUUUGCAGAGCUUCCAUUGUCACUUGUAAAGCUUCCUGUAUUCUACAAGCAACGCGAUCUCCUGUUCUUUCCUGCAUGGGCAUAUGCUCUACCAAUUUGGAUUUUAACAAUUCCUUAUGCGAUUUUGGAAGCUGGGGUAUGGUUGGGUAUCACUUACUAUCCCAUUGGACUUGAUCCAGAUGUUGGCAGGUUCUUUAGACAAUACCUACUGCUUAUAUUCAUUAACCAAAGUGCUUCAGGACUAUUUCGCCUUAUGGCCGCAGUAGGAAGAGAAUUGACAACCGCGAACGUGUAUGGAUCAUAUGCAUUAGUUAUAGUUCUUGUCUUGGGUGGAUUCAUAUUGCCUUAUGGAGACAUAAAUAAAUGGUCAAUUUGGGGAUACUGGAUUUCCCCUUUGAUGUAUGCGCAAAAUGCUAUUUCUGUCAAUGAAUUUUUUGGGCAAAGUUGGAGUCAUAUAUAUAACGGAUCAACGAUGCCAUUAGGAGUUUUGGUCUUAAAGAAUCGAAGUCUUUUCACUCAUGCUAGUUGGUAUUGGAUUGGAACAAUAUCACUUAUUGGGUUCACAAUUCUAUUUAAUGUCCUCUAUACAAUUGCACUUACAUUUCUUAAGCCACCUAAGCAGGCACAAAGAGCUUUAUCUACAGGAGAGGCUAUUGAUUUGUCAUCAACAAGCAAGGGCUCGGUUCAAAGCUUUGACAAAAAUGAGGUUGACAGGAAACGAGGAAUGGUUUUACCAUUUGCUCCCCUUGUACUCACUUUUGAUGACAUCAGAUAUGCAAUAAAAAUGCCACAAGAAAUGAAAGCUCAAGGAUUCAUGGAUGACAGACUUGAGCUUCUUAAAGGUGUCAGCGGUUCCUUUAGACCUGGAGUUCUAACAGCUCUUAUGGGUGUAAGUGGAGCUGGAAAGACAACUUUGUUGGAUGUCUUGGCUGGGAGAAAAACAGGAGGGUACAUCGAAGGAACAAUUAUGGUUUCAGGGUACCCGAAAAAGCAAGAGACUUUUGCACGUGUCGCAGGAUAUUGUGAACAAAAUGAUAUUCACUCUCCUCAUCUUACAGUGUAUGAGUCUUUACGAUAUUCAGCAUGGCUUCGAUUGCAUGCGGAAGUUGAUGUAGCAACAAGAGAGCUGGUUGAGUUAACAAUGAUAAAGGAGGCAAUAGUUGGAUUGCCGGGAGUAAACGGACUUUCAACUGAGCAACGAAAGAGGGUAACAAUCGCAGUUGAGCUCGUAGCUAACCCUUCAAUUAUAUUCAUGGAUGAACCAACCACAGGACUUGAUGCUAGAGCAGCAGCGAUUGUGAUGAGAACAGUAAGGAAUACAGUAGAUACAGGUAGAACCGUGGUUUGUACCAUACAUCAACCUAGUGUCGACAUCUUCGAUGCUUUUGAUGAGCUGGUGCUUUUGAAAAUAGGAGGUGACCAAAUGUAUGGUGGUCCAUUAGGCCGCCAUUGUUCAGAACUAAUUAAGUAUUUUGAGGGAAUCAAUGGAGUACAAAAAUUUAUAAUUGGCCGAAACCCUGCCACUUGGGUGAUGGAAGUAUCUUCAAUUGCACAAGAGGAAGCCCUAGGAGUUGAUUUCGCUGCUAUAUACAGAAGUUCAAAAGAGUACAGGGUUGCACUUUAUUGGGCAUCAUUCCCCAGCUGGUAUUUACAUGACCCUUACAUGAACAUUGAUGGGUCUUGA